CAUAAAAUAAAUAUCGUAAUAUGUAGUUGAGUAGUGUACGAGAAAAGGUUUGCCAAUGGCUGGAAAGUCAGGCAAGGAAUGGAUGCCUCAGGUAAUGCAGGCUUCAGCCUUAGGCAUGGCUCCACUGGCCCGAAGAAGGCUCUCGGCGGUACCCUCUGCUACACUGCCAAAUAAGCGAGUCGUGAUUGUCGUGUCUGGACGCCGCUACGAAACAUGGGAGGCGACACUCUCUCGACAUCCAGAUACUCUUUUAGGAAGCAAAGAGCGAGAGUAUUUUCUGGAUGAAACAACCGGAGAGUACGUUUUCGAUCGAGAUCCUAGUAUAUUUCGACAUAUAUUGAACUAUUACAGAACAGGUAGAUUACAUUUUUCCUACUAUGAGUGUAGCAAGACGUUUAAGGAAGAGUUUGAAUUUUUUGGUAUUCCCUUUGAUGGUUUUGACUCGUGCUGUUGGAACGAAAUGAACGAUUCCUACGAGGCUGAAAAUGUUAUUGCUACUACAAUGGAAAGAUUAAGACAACGAGUAAAUCGAACUCACUUCGAUACAAUACGUGAAAGCAUAUGGGAUACCUUUGAGAACCCACAAAGAACACGCGCUAGCAGAGCUGUAUAUAAUAUUAUCGUUGUUGCUGUGGCACUAAGUCUGUUAGUAACUGUAGGUCAAACAAUUCGUUGUCCCAGUGGUGAAAGAUGUGCUGAAGAGUUUCACGAUUUGUUUCUUUAUACAGACGGAGCUUGUGCGUUUAUAUUCACCGUAGAAUAUGUUGUUAAACUAUAUGCUGUCCCAUAUCGCAAACCUUUCGUUAAAAGCCUUGAAAGUUUUAUUGAUAUUCUUGCAAUCCUGCCGUUUUAUUUCGAUUUGCUGGAGGAGUAUGAACCUGAGCUAAAAUCUUUUUCUAUCUUACGAGUAUUUCGUGUCUUUCGAGUAUUUAAGCUGCUAAAGAAUUCAAAACGGUUAAAGACUUUGCUCAUCACGUUUCGAAAUGCCGCUGCCGAGCUUGGAUUGCUUUGCUUCAUAUUUUCGAUGGGAACAAUCAUGUUUGCAGCUUGCGUUUAUUACUUGGAGAAGAGUGUUCCCGAUACCACCUUCGAACAUAUACCGCUGGCUAUUUGGUAUGCUAUCAUCACAGGCACAACAUUAGGGUAUGGAGAUAUGGUUCCUGUUAGUGUUGGUGGUAAACUUAUUUCAGCAUUAUUUCUCACAUUGGCUGUUUUCAUAGUCUCACUACCUGUACCUUUCAUCGAAGACAAAUUACUACAUCAACAACAUCUUCAGUUGACAGAAGACCGUUUAGAAAUGAGACUAAAACGAAUGCUUAAAACAAAACCACCUCGUCGUAAUAGUCUACAGUUUAAACGGACGCGACGUGGUACAGCUGGUAAUAUUGCUACUGCCACGUGACCAACGUGUAUAUGUUGGGAUAAAUUGGGAUAAGGCAAACCAAUAGUUUUGGCACGUCUGGUAAAAAGAUUCCAUCUCAAGAGAGCCAAGUCCAAGAGCUCAGUUUAAUUGCCAAUUGUCCGCUUAUUGCAUGGAUGGAGGUUUAUCACUAAAAUGCUAAAGCAUGAUGAAAUAAUUGCGACGACGUUUCUCAAUAGAUUUAUUUUUAUUGCAAUCUAAUGUUGUAUUGUGGUUUUCCUAAUAACUUUGGUAAAACUACUAGCUGCUUCUGCUCUUAGAGAAAAUGCAGCCACCAAUCCUUGGGUUUCACGUGACGCUUCCAAUGGUUGUCAACUCGAAAGACUCGAUGACCUGAGUUAUUUCUUGUGCUUGGUUGCAAUGUGCAAUUUAGUAUCAGUGCCAAUGGCGGCGUACUCCUGUGCUGCAUUAUUGACCACCAUUCGAAUGCGCCACUGAUAAAUUGCUUAGUGUAACCGCCUCCUUAUGAUAACCGCCGCCUAAUCCAUCAACUAGAAUCCCCUCUUCCACAUCGAUUUUAAAC